AUGACGGUGUCUAAGAAAUGGGUUUGUGGGUUUUCAGCUGUGCUUGUGUUGUUGUUCAUUGGUGUAAUAGCUGUUACUUCAAGAAAUGAUGUUGGGAUCUCUGCUCUUAUCAGGAAUGUGGAAACAGAGAAGGUACAGAGCUCAAGCAACUCAACAAUGGCGGCCAGGUCUCAAGACGAAGCUGAUGCAUUAAAUGAGAAAGCAGUUGCAGCUGACCCAGAAGAAGUGGUUUCAAUGGUUGAUAUGAGCAUCCGUAACAGUACUGAAAGGAGGAGACUAGGCUAUUUCUCAUGCGGAACAGGCAAUCCUGUUGAUGAUUGCUGGCGUUGUGACCCCAACUGGCACAAGAACCGCAAGCGCCUUGCUGACUGUGGCAUUGGUUUUGGCAGGAAUGCUAUCGGUGGCCGUGAUGGUCGCUUCUAUGUUGUUACUGAUCCUAGUGACAAUGACCCUGUGAACCCAAGGCCUGGUACUUUGCGCCAUGCUGUGAUCCAGGACGCUCCUCUAUGGAUCGUGUUCAAAAGGGACAUGGUGAUUCAACUGAAGCAGGAACUUAUCAUGAACAGCUUUAAGACCAUUGAUGGCCGUGGCACCAAUGUUCACAUUGCUAAUGGAGGGUGCAUUACUAUCCAAUUUGUUACCAAUGUGAUUAUUCAUGGUCUGCACAUUCAUGAUUGUAAGCCCACUGGCAACGCUAUGGUGCGGAGCUCCCCAUCUCAUUACGGAUGGAGGACAAUGGCAGACGGCGAUGCCAUUUCUAUUUUUGGAUCAAGCCACAUUUGGGUGGAUCACAAUUCUCUUUCUAAUUGCGCUGAUGGCCUGGUUGAUGCUGUCAUGGGGUCUACUGCCAUUACCGUCUCCAACAACCACUUCACCCACCAUAAUGAGGUAAUGCUAUUGGGCCACAGUGACUCUUAUACCAGAGACAAGCAAAUGCAAGUUACCAUUGCGUACAACCAUUUUGGAGAGGGACUGAUCCAGAGAAUGCCAAGGUGUAGACAUGGGUACUUCCAUGUGGUAAACAAUGACUACACUCACUGGGAAAUGUAUGCCAUCGGUGGCAGUGCAGAACCCACCAUCAACAGCCAGGGCAACAGAUAUAAUGCUCCAGCCAACGCUUUUGCAAAGGAGGUGACAAAGAGGGUAGAUACAGCUGCAGGCAGUUGGAAAAACUGGAAUUGGAGGUCAGAGGGAGACCUGUUGCUGAAUGGUGCUUACUUCACUCCAUCUGGAGCUGGAGCUUCAGCUAGCUAUGCUCGCGCUUCAAGCUUGGGUGCCAAGUCUUCUUCCAUGGUCGGGCCAAUGACUUCUAAUGCUGGUGUUCUUGGCUGCCGCAGGGGCCGUCAGUGCUAG